AUGGCAGCCCCGACCAAGGAGGCGAUCCUGGUCGCACUGUUGCUACUGCGCACAUCUGGUGAGACCUUCCUGGUUGCCCCAGUCAAGACCUCCGAAACAUGCAUGCGCGGCUAUGCCAUCUGCUCCUAUGCGUUGACCUGCCCGGGAGACUACUCGCUUGAAUGCCAAGAAAUCGGCUGUGAUGCUUCAGAACAAGUAUGUGCAGAUCUGGGCGUCAACUUCAGGCCUUCCGAAUGGAACGGUCACUGUAAUGACUGGCCCGAUGUUUCCCGGAGGUACGAGUGCUGUCAGUGUAUUGGGUUUGAGCCCUUGCCGGCCACCCAUCGUCCAGCCUCGUCCGGCCAGACUUGCCAUCGCACAAGUGGAGAGUGCCCGACAUCCUUGGAGACAUCAUGUUGCAAAGAGGAGCUGUCUUGCCAAGAUGGCUUCGAGCUGUCCGCGCCGAUCUCCGUGUGCGGGGCGACCGCAUGUGAUCAACUGGGCUCAAGCUACAUCUCGAGCGAAGUCAUCUUCUUUUCACAGCAAUGUGUGGAUGUAUAUGCGCGAGACCAGACCCUCUGCAACACCUGCGUGGAAGUCUCUGCAGGCUCCACGAGCCAGGCGCCGGCCACGACCGUACCAAGCACCACAGGCACGACCGUGGUACAGACAACCUCACAGCAAGGUUCAACUACCAGAGCCCCCAGCAGCGACUUCACCUCUCCCACACGAAGCGGAGAGUUUUGUAUCACAGAUGGCUACUCGAUUUGCGAGUACGUGUUGGAGUGCCCGGGAGGCUACAACCUGCAGUGCCAAGGCGUGCCUUGUGACGCAGAGGCAAAGACCUGUUCUGAAUUAGGGAGCAGCUUCACUGCCAAACGCUGGAAUGGUCACUGUGAGGGAGACUGGCCAGAUGAAGUGGCACACCGCUUUGAGUGCUGCAGAUGCGCUCGAUCGCUACCCUCUGACGUCGGCUGGGAGUAUGUCGGCAGUCCGGGCAAUGGUGCCUGCCGCGGGAGGAAUAGCGACGACAAUGCUCCCAGCUACUACACAGUGCACGAGGGCAUUACUACUCUGGAAGCAUGCCAGGGCAUUUGCAUUGAGCAAUUUCCGAGUUGCAAAGGCAUUGAAUUCAGCCACGGGCGUUGUGAAACCUGGACACGUCCUGAAGGGAUCUUUGUGUGGAAAGAGCUCAACAUCAGUGGCUUUACCUGCAUGCGCUUUGGUUGGCUAACAAGGAAUCUCGUUCCUGUUGAUGGUGGGGAAGGGCGCGCUUGCCGUGGAGAUGGGCCUGGGGAUAAUUCCGAUGACUACUAUGUGGUCGUCGCAUCGGAGUCCCUCCAGGAAUGCCAGGCGGCUUGCUCAGCUGCACCGCUUUGCCAUGGGAUUGAAUUCAGCCGGGGUCGCUGCGAGAUUUGGCAGCGGCCGAUCGCGGCGAGCCUGGAGCUAGCGAACUUCACCUGCAAAGCCUACUAUCCGGAAGUUGCCUUGUUGCCACCGCCGCUCUUCACCGAAAAGGAGCCGAUCAUUCUGCCCUGA